AUGGCUUCCAUCUGCGCGUCCUCCUCUGCUGUUGCAGCCGUCGCCAGGCAGGACUCUCUCUCCCUCCCUCUCUCUCUCUCGCUCGCUGUGCCCGCGGAAAGGUUUAUUCUCUUCGAGUUUUUGUUUUGUGAUCAACGUGGGAGAUUUACCCAGUCCGGUGACGAUGGUGCAGUUCGCAGAAGGGUAGGAAUGGGCUGGCAGCGACGAGGGCCGCCUUCCUCGGCGGGAGGAAGCUGAGGCAGGAGAGGUGGCCGGCCCACGCUGUAGCUCCCCGAGGGCUUACCGUGUCGGCCGCGGCGGCGGAUCCCGAGAGGCCCCUCUGGUUCCCAGGGAGCACCCCUCCCGCAUGGCUCGACGGCAGGUUUGACUCCCUUUCUCUCCGUACCCCGUUUCGUCAGAGCUUUCGAUCGAUGGAGAUACUCACGCUGAAGAUUGCGGGCGUCCUGGUUUCAGCCUCCCCGGAGACUUCGGGUUCGACCCUCUCGGCCUCGGUGAGUUCGAUCCCCAUUGACUUCCUGUUCGAUCGUCCUCUCUCUCGAUCAGGAGGAAAUAAAUGGCCUUUCGCUGACCGUGGAAACUACUCUGAAACCAGGGUCUGACCCGGAGAGCCUGAGGUGGAACCAGCAGGCGGAGCUGGUGCACUGCAGAUGGGCGAUGCUCGGAGCCGCAGGGAUCUUCAUCCCGGAGCUGCUAACGAAGCUCGGUAUCCUCAACACCCCGUCCUGGUACACCGCCGGGGAGCAGGAGUACUUCACGGACACCACCACGCUCUUCGUGGUGGAGCUGGUGCUGAUCGGCUGGGCGGAGGGCCGGCGAUGGGCCGACAUCAUCAAGCCAGGGUCCGUCAACACCGACCCCAUCUUCCCCAACAAUAAGCUCACCGGCACCGACGUGGGCUACCCCGGUGGCCUCUGGUUCGAUCCUCUCGGCUGGGGAUCCGGUUCCCCGGAGAAGAUCAAGGAGCUGAGGACCAAGGAGAUCAAGAACGGCCGGUUGGCCAUGCUCGCCGUGAUAGGCGCCUGGUUCCAGCACAUCUACACCGGCACUGGCCCCAUCGACAACCUCUUCGCCCACCUCGCCGACCCCGGUCACGCCACCAUUUUUGCCGUAAGUCCCUCCCCCGCCAUGGCCUCCUCCCCUUCUUCUUCUUCUACUUGUUCUUCUUCCUCUACCCCUCAGACGCUGAAACUCGACGUCUGAUCCUCUCCUUCCGCAGGCUUUCUCUCCUAAGUGA